AUGGUAUUUAUUCUACCUAAAACUUUAUCAUAUUUUAUUCAUACAAAUGUAAUUGCCUAUCCAGUUAAUUAUGAUACAACCGAAAAUGAAUAUCGAUCGAUGCCUUAUCAUCAAGUAUCUUCAAGUCCUUUAAGCCGCCGAAUUCAACAUUACUAUGAUUCAUUUGACAGUCCAUAUUCACAUGAUGUAAUCAUGACAUAUCCCAGCAGAACAAUUCAUAAGCACAUUGGAGAUGUUGGUUUUGAAAAUAAACGAGCAUUUUUUGGCGCAUAUCCCGAAGGUUCUCCAUCAUUCUCAUUUAAUGGUGAUAUGCGUUUAUUAUCAGAAAUGCAACUUAUGAAGGCAAAUGCUAAUCACCUAAGAGAUAUUGGGUAA